UAUAUUUGUUAUAUUUGUUAUAUUGUAGCGUGAGAAGUCGGCUACCAAAGAACAACACUUACGAAAAAUAUUUUCAAAGAAGAAAGGUGGGGACCCAGCCUGGGUAUUACAUUGAGUAUAAUAGCUAUUAUCAUGUCCGAGGUAUGUAUAUAAUUUAUAAAUUACUGGUGGAGGCCCCAAGUUGCCUUAGUAAAUAUCCAUCAGAAUUAAGCUUGUCCAGUCAAGACUGGGUUCUGUGGGAGGCGACCCCCAGAAUGUGUUCACUAGAGAACCGGCCAGUUACCGGUAAUUGGCCCGAUGAUGCAUUGGUGGGAGCAUUUAUAGGCGGGCUGAAGUUUGAUCGAGCCACAGAAGUACGAUUGGAGCGGCCAGACACUAUGCACAUGGCCAUGGAGGUAGCCCGACGCCGCGAAGAUCAUCUGGCAGUCACGCGGAGGGGACGGGCAGAUGUCCGAUUCACUGACACGCGACGCGCAGGCCCGAGCCAAUCAACUGCAGGCGCACGACCAACCAUCAUCGCUCGGUCGGCAGGGCCAGUAGUCAAGCGACUCUCCGCCGAGGAGUUCAAACGCCGGCGUGAGAAAGGCAUUUGUUUUAAAUGCGAAGAAAAGUUUACACCAGGCCAUCAAU